AUGGCCGUUGCUCGCCUUUUUGGCGGUGCCUUUGGUGCACCAGUCUAUGCGUACGAUCCUUUUGCGCCUGAUGAUGCCUGGAACGACAUUCCUCACACCCGUGUUAAUCAUGUCGAUGAGAUGCUGCCCCACGUCGAAAUCUUGACACCCCACCUGCCUUUGACACCUCAAACUCGCAACCUGAUCGCUUGGCAACAAUUCAAGCGUAUGAAACCGGGUUCAAUCCUUAUCAAUGCUGCGCGUGGGGGCAUCGUGAACGAGGAGGAUCUCAUCCGAGCCUUAAAUGAAGGUAUAUUUUUGGGGGGCAGGGCUGGACUGCCAUGA